AUGGAACACGAGGACGAAGUAGACGCCGAAGGCAGUGCAUUUGGCAACAGAGGUGCCGCACAGACCGCCACCGACGUCUCUCCUCCAAGUGGGAGGAACUGCAACCAGGCGAUGCCGUCUCAAGAGCUUGUUACACCUCAACCACUCAAUUAUUUGUGCACAGUCUGUGCCCUCAGAUUGGUUACCGUGAGGAGAAUGGGACUGCUUACCUUGGAGCGCUUGCCUCUGUGUUUGGUGCUCCUCAUCUACUACUUCCGCUACUUCUUCGUCUUCCUCUAUCCCCUUGCUUUGCUGCCUGUUGUCUUGAUUAACACAAACAACAUAACAAAAAGCGCAUACAUUCUGCUAUGGAUGAGUGGCUACUGGAUAACCGGCGUUGUUCCCCUCUACGCCACGGCCUUGCUGCCAAUGUUUGCGGGACCCCUCAUGGGGCUGCAGACGUCGGGCACCCUCUCUCGCGAGUACUUGCCAACCUCGAAUUUUCUCUUCAUUGCGAGCAUGUUUUUGGCUGGAGCGGCUGAACACUGCAAUUUGCAUCGUCGUGUUGUCAUCUUCUGUCUCAAAUGCAUGGGUGGCGACCCUCGGUUGAUCCUCCUGGGUAUAAUGAUUCCAACAUGGUUUUUAUCACUGUGGAUGAGCAAUAGUGCAACAACACUGUUGAUGGUGACAAUAACGGAGACGCUGUUGAAUAGGAUUGAUGAGGUCACCAAGAGCAUUGAAGGCUCUGUAGAGGAAGACGACUCCACUACCAAAAGAGAGUUCAAGGAAGACGGUAGCGAGAAGUUGUCGCCAAAUCGUUCCAAAUGGCAAAAGUUUGGCGUCGGUCUCAGUCUCAGUGUCUGCUACUCUGCCAGUUGUGGAGGCAUGGGAACGCUAACCGGAACCCCAACAAAUAUUGUCGUUUAUAACCUCCUUACCGAGUAG